UACUUAGUGGGGGGUGGGAAUGACAGGCAAUAAAAAUAACCGUGCAGAGAGAGAGAGAGAGAUGAACGAGCUGUUAAAGGAAUCGUUUGGAGGCGAAACCAGUGGGGAUGGAUGAUGGGGGGUGGGAGGAAGGAUAGAUAUGAUGCAGGCUCAAAAGAAAGGAGAAGCAAGAUUCAGAUAGCGGCAGAGAGAGAGAGAGAAAGCGAGCAACGGCCGACAAGCCUCGGGAGGGGAGGGAAAGGUGAGGAUAGGAAGGAUAAGUUAACAGAGAAGAUUAUAAGAUGGGAAAGAGAGGAAAGAGAGCUUGUGAUUAGUCGAGGCAGAUGGGGCCCAGCAAAUCUGCCAGGCUUGCCUCCCGGUCGCCUCAGGCUGUCCAGUCCCCGACCGCCCAAUCACACGUGCCAAUACCGGCACCUCAGGCACAAAGUCAAUGUCUACGCAACACUUUAUUUAAUCUCGUCCUUUUUCGUCUCGUCUACGCUACUCAACCCUGCCGUUCAGCUGCGGAGUGUAAAUUGGCUCACGCAAGCAUCCGUGGUCGUCCUGAAUUUUGAACGUGGCAACCAACAUCGUUUCUGCCUGAAUAUCGCCACCCCCCGUCGGCCGAUGGAUCCCCGAUCUAUUUACCUUAGGCCGGGGGUGAACCUAACCAAAGUACGGAUCCCAUUCCACGGGUCGCAGUCCAAAGAGAAAUCAUCAGCUCGUUUACCACCACCCUCCCUGUGUAACAGUGGUCCCCUCUCCCUCUUAUCAUAGCCACCACCGAGGAUUGCGAGAAUCUUUGCCUCCUACAAAGUAGUAGCUACCUCAUGCAUAGGGAUUUGAUUUGAGCACCCAUCAGUCCAAAGCCCGAAAAUCGUUUUCGUCGACCAAAGUAUGGCCAAAGGUCGGUGAUAGAAGCCCGAGAUCCAUGGGGAUAACGGGGUUGGCCGGCAGUAGUAGACAUCAUCAGUGGGUGUGCAACGCCCUAUCGGAGGUGUUCCCAAUCUUCAGCUGAGGAUCGGAUGGGGCUUG